AGGCUUGGCUUUCCAACUUCUCCAGACCUCCUCGCGCUUCUCCACAGUCCUAGAAGAGCUUUAAUCAUGGCCGUAAACGUCCAAGAAAACAUAUAUGAACAAAUAGAAGAGACAAAAGAAAACAUAUAUGAAAAGCCAUAUGACAACAACCCAGAACGGAAAUAUGAGAAUCAAGGCGCGAGUAAGGAAAUUCUAGAGGAACCGCUGUACAGCACGGUCAAUCACCCGUCUCCAGACUAUAUGAAUACGAGAAGAACAUCUCAAGAGGAACAACAAGAAGAAGAACAGCCUUCACCCACAAAUGAACCAGGAGAGCAGCUCGAAAGCGAGAUCAUGGUGACCUCUCUGUCGAAUGGAGAUGUUUACGGAUCUUCAUCUUUAGAGGAAACUGGAGACCCGUGUGAUGACCAGCCCUCAUUGGUCCACGAAGACCUGUUCAUGGCUUACAGUCUCCCAGAAGACGGAUCUCCAGAACCUGAGGAGGUAGUUGACUACAGCCUGAAGGACGUCGAGAACAACGUCGUGGAAGAGCCAGCCGCAGUUCCUGACCCGAAUCAACCUAAUAUUGCGCUUUUUGUCAAGGCUGGUUGUGAUGGCGAGAGCAUCGGAAACUGUCCAUUCUCCCAACGCCUCUUCAUGAUCCUCUGGCUCAAAGGUGUGGUCUUCAACGUCACCACUGUUGACCUGAAGAGGAAACCAGCAGAUUUGCACAAUUUGGCUCCAGGCACUCACCCUCCUUUCUUGACCUUCAACGGUGAGGUGAAGACAGACAUUAACAAGAUUGAGGAGUUUCUGGAGGGGGUUUUGGCUCCACCAAAGUACCCCAAACUUGCAGCCAGUCACAGGGAGUCAAACACAGCUGGGAAUGACAUAUUUGCAAAGUUCUCAGCUUUCAUAAAAAACACUAAGCCAGAUGCGAAUGAAGCACUGCAGAAGGGUUUGACAAAAGCACUUACGAAGCUGGACGAGUACCUGAACAAUCCUUUGCCUGAAGAGGUAGAUGCUGACAGCAUGGAGGAGGAGAAGGUCUCCAACCGCAAGUUCCUGGACGGGGAUGAUCUGACUCUGGCAGACUGCAACCUGCUGCCAAAGCUCCACAUAGUGAAGGUCGUUGCCAAGAAAUAUCGGAACUACGACAUUCCAAGUGAUUUGACAGGCGUGUGGCGUUACUUGAACAAUGCGUAUGCACAAGAAGAGUUCACCAACACCUGUGCUGCCGACAACGAGAUCGAAUUAGCAUAUAAGGAUGUGGCUAAAAGGCUAACUAAGUAAACAGAUGAACAAAGUUGACACAAAUAGACUUGGGGUAGCUCAUUUCUUGGGGAAGAGAUGAUGUUUUCCAUGUAAUUCAAAGCUGUUGAUCCCAAACUACAAGUUAGUAGUUUCAUUCAUCCAGGAUCCUGAUAAUCAAUAAGGACUGGUACUCUGAUAUAACUAUUAUGAAAUAUGAAUAUAAAAUAUCAGC